AUGAUUAUUAUAGAUCGAUCGGCAGCGCUGUCGCUCGGUCUCAGUGCUGACGAGGCGAAAUUCAUUGUCGGUUACGCUGACUCAUCAAUAAAAGUGUACGACAUCGAGACUCAAGAGGUGGAAACAACGUACAAAGUACAUAAGCUUCGACUUCAAUUUAUUCCCAAAAAGUUGCAGCGUAUGCACGCGGGACAGGUAUGCGCCUUACGUUGUCAUGACGAAAGACCGCGGGUAUUCGCUAGUGCAGCUUGGGACAACACUUUAAGGGUGUGGGACACGAGAUGCCCCGUCGGUUGUGUCGCUACCUUUGAAGGAGUCGACGUCUGCAGCGAUAGCAUUGAUAUAAAUAGGGACCAUUGCGUAGUUGGAAGCUGGCUACCCACAGAAGCCUUAACGGUCUGGGAUAUAGUGGCCAGAAAACGGCUGAAUAUCAUCCGGGUGCAGAACCGGAGACCAAAUGUCGAUGGUGAAUUUCUCUAUGCAUGUCGCUAUUGGAGAUCUUCAGAGUACAAUCGAAAAGGUAAAUACGCUAUAAUUGGCGGCAGCGGAACCAAUUGCGUGGAAGUGAUCAAUCUUCACAACCGAUACAUUACUUGUUCCUACCCCGUUUCUGGUACAGUUCUCGCCAUAACAAGCUACAAGGAACGCAUAGCGUUCGGAGGGACCGCACCCGUCCUGAGCAUUGUCUCCUUCCACGACCCCAAGCAUGAGAAAUACGGUGAAGUGGAGCCGGAGUAUGAAUUUACGAAGGGCGAAAGGUAUUUUUCUGACAGUAGUUCAGAAAUAUUACCAAAUCAAGAUGUUACGAAGUUAGCGAAGGCUUCGUCUAUCAGUGCGCCUGCAAUGGCUGUCAAGUCUUCUGUGAGUCAAAAGCUGAAGUGA